CGAAGCUUGACCGAGCGCAGGCGGGAGCAGCCACCCAACUCCCGGCGCGGGAUCUGCUGAGAGGCCACGAUUUUAGGUGAUGGGCAGAUCAGAAAGUCAGAUGGAUAUAACUGAUAUCAGCACUCCAAGGCCAAAGAGACAACGAUGGACCCCACUGGAGAUCAGUCUGUCUGUCUUUGUCCUCCUCCUUACCGUCAUCGCUGUGACGAUGAUCGCACUCUAUGCGACCUAUGAUGAUGGUAUUUGUAAGUCGUCAGACUGCAUAAAAUCAGCCGCUCGACUAAUCCAGAACAUGGAUGCUACUGCUGAGCCUUGUACAGACUUUUUUAAGUAUGCCUGUGGAGGCUGGUUGAAACGCAACGUCAUUCCUGAGACCAGCUCCCGUUACAGUAACUUUGACAUUUUAAGAGAUGAACUAGAAGUCAUUUUGAAAGAUGUUCUUCAAGAACCCAAACCUGAAGAUAUAGUAGCAGUGCAGAAAGCAAAAACAUUGUACAGAUCUUGUAUAAAUGAAUCUGCCAUUGAUAGCAGAGGUGGGAAACCUCUACUCAGUCUGUUACCAGAUAUAUAUGAUUGGCCAGUAGCAACAGAAAACUGGGAGCAAACAUAUGGUACUUCUUGGACAGCUGAGAAAUCUAUUGCACAACUGAAUUCUAAAUAUGGGAAAAAGGUCAUUCUUAAUUUUUUUGUCGGCACUGAUGAUAAGAACUCUGUGAACCAUAUAAUUCAUAUUGACCAGCCUCGGCUUGGCCUCCCUUCCAGGGACUACUAUGAGUGCACUGGAAUAUAUGAAGAGGCUUGUACAGCAUAUGUGGAUUUUAUGAUUUCUGUGGCCAGAUUGAUUCGUAAGGAGAAAGGACUGCCCAUCGAUGAAAACCAGCUUUCUUUGGAAAUGAAGAGAGUUAUGGAAUUGGAAAAAGAAAUUGCCAAUGCUACAACUAAACCUGAAGAUCGAAAUGACCCCAUGCUUCUUUACAACAAAAUGACAUUAGCCCAGAUCCAAAAUAACUUUUCACUAGAGAUCGGUGGAAAGCCAUUCAGCUGGUCAAAUUUCACAAAUGAAAUCAUGUCAACUGUGAAUAUUAAUAUUCCAAAUGAGGAAGAUGUGGUUGUUUAUGCUCCAGAAUAUUUAACCAAACUUAAGCUCACUCUUACCAAAUAUUCUGCCAGAGAUCUUCAAAAUUUAAUGUCCUGGCGGUUCAUAAUGGAUCUUGUAAGCAGCCUCAGCCGAACCUACAAGGAGUCCAGAAAUGCUUUCCGCAAGGCCCUAUAUGGCACAACAUCAGAAACAGCAACAUGGAGACGUUGUGCAAACUAUGUCAAUGGAAAUAUGGAAAAUGCUGUGGGAAGGCUGUACGUGGAAGCAGCAUUUGCUGGAGAGAGUAAACAUGUGGUUGAGGAUUUGAUUACACAAAUCCGUGAGGUUUUUAUUCAGACUUUAGAUGACCUCACUUGGAUGGAUGCUGAAACGAAAAAGAAAGCUGAGGAGAAGGCCUUAGCCAUUAAAGAAAGAAUUGGCUAUCCUGAUGACAUUAUUUCAAAUGAUAAUAAACUGAAUAAUGAAUACCUCGAGUUGAACUACAGGGAAGAGGAAUACUUUGAGAACAUAAUUCGAAACUUGAAGUUCAGCCAAAUUAAACAGCUAAAGAAGCUCCGAGAAAAGGUGGACAAGGAUGAGUGGAUAAGCGGAGCAGCUGUAGUCAAUGCAUUUUACUCUUCAGGCAGAAAUCAGAUAGUCUUCCCAGCUGGCAUUCUGCAACCCCCCUUCUUCAGUGCCCAGCAGUCUAACUCGUUGAACUACGGGGGUAUCGGCAUGGUCAUAGGACAUGAAAUCACCCAUGGCUUCGAUGACAAUGGCAGAAAUUUUAACAAGGAUGGAGACCUUGUUGACUGGUGGACUCAACAGUCGGCAAAUAAUUUUAAAGACCAAUCCCAAUGCAUGGUGUACCAGUAUGGAAACUUCUCCUGGGACCUAGCAGGUGGACAGCAUCUCAAUGGAAUUAAUACACUGGGAGAAAAUAUUGCUGAUAAUGGAGGUAUUGGCCAAGCAUACAGAGCCUAUCAAAAUUAUGUUAAAAAGAAUGGUGAAGAAAAAUUACUUCCUGGACUUGACCUAAAUCACAAACAACUAUUCUUCUUGAACUUUGCCCAGGUGUGGUGUGGCACCUACAGGCCAGAGUAUGCUGUCAACUCCAUUAAAACAGACGUUCACAGUCCAGGGAAUUUCAGGAUUAUUGGGACUUUGCAGAACUCCCCUGAGUUUUCAGAGGCCUUUCACUGCCGCAAGAAUUCAUACAUGAAUCCAGAAAAGAAAUGCCGCGUGUGGUGAUCUUGAGCGAAAGCGGUGUGGCCCUUGGCUAGACUUGCCAACACCACCGAAACGGGGAACUCUGUCCGCAGAGGUCACUGUAAUGACAUGGGGGAUAGUUCACAGAGAUGACAAAGCAUCAUAUUAGAAAUGGAGUUAGGUUAUUCUGGAAAAGGUGUGGAGAGAGGAGGGGGGUGUCUGGUGUCUAUCAAAUCAAUCACUCUCACUGUGUAAAUAAUGCUUGAUCUCUAAAGAUAUUACCAUUCAUUUCUGUUUCUCAUAUGAUCUGCCAGUUGAUGUCGUCUCUUGAAAACAGUGUUAACCACUUGAUGUAGACUGGGAUUGCUAAUCAAAGGGAGAUUAAAGAGAUUGAAGCAUACAUUUGGCUCCAAAAGCACAGCGGUGGCAUGAGGGUUAAAAACACAUUGCCUCACUACUUGUUUUUACUUUUAUUUGCAACUUGUUCACUCCUACAGAACUCUUCCAAAGAAUUCUUAUACAUAUUGGGGCCUUGGGACUUAAUGUAAUUUGAAACCGAUUUUGCCAAUCAUCAGUUUAUUCAUUCUGAGAUCAUUUUAUUUUAAGCUACUCUUAGGGCUAAAAUGAAUGUCUGAAACUGUUUUUGAUUGUACCUGCUUUCACCGAUAAUGAAAUUCUUGAGGGUCCAUGCAAUUUUCUAAGCAAUUUCUUGUUCUCUCUCUCUCUCUCAAAACUUGAUCUUUUUAAGAGAUUUGUAGUAAUGUAUAAAUAAUAAUUUUUAUAUUUAAUUAUUAACUACAUUUAUGACUAAGUAAUUAUUAUAGGUAAUCAUUGAAUAUUGACGUUUCAGACAGAUAAAUAGUUAUGGACUAAGAUCUGUAAAGUGAUGUACAGAUGAAGAUUUGAGACUUUUUAAGCUUAUCAAUCAUAUUGAUAAAAAGCUUAAAGCACAAACUCUGGGUUAAAAAUUGCCAUUGGACCGUUGUCUGAAGCAGAAUUUUUCAAAAUAAACUCUGUCCCUGAGCUGGCUAUGAAAGAAGGACAAAACUGCAUCUGUGUAGCUCUGCAUCUCCUUAGCUUUUCAGGUUUGCCAUCUGAUGGAAAUAUUUUGAUCCUAAAUUGGAAUUGUGAGCCCAUUACUCACGGAGCCUACUGUGCCAGCAGUCUAGCUCUGGAGAGUGCAUUUCUGAAUAUAAAUGAGAGGUUUGCCCACCUCGGACAGACCUGCGUCUGAAAUCCGAACUUGCCUAGAGUUCUGGGAGGGGCCUGUCUAGUCCCUGCUAGGAACUCAUCUCUUGAGGCUUUAUCUUCUUCUCUUUCCCUGUCCUUUUGGCUAGUUUGGUUAACUUCGUUAUUUGAUUAGUAUUUUACAAAAGAGGCAUUUUCCUUAUUUUUCCUAACAAAAUGAAAAUGAGGGAAUUUCAAUUCAAAA